UUCAAAACCUGUGUGUGUGUGUGUGUGUGGGGAUUACAUUACAUAAUUAUACAUAUAUCUACAAUCUUUAUAUACAAUUACAGUUGCAUAAAAUCUCAACUUCCGAUCUGUGUGUUAGUUACAUCAGGACGGAAGAAAGAAAUCACAAUAAUAAUAAUAAUGUGUGGGAUAUUUGCAUAUUUGAAUUACGACGUAAAUAGAGACAGACGUUAUAUCAUUGAACUACUUUUUAACGGUCUCCGUCGUCUAGAAUAUAGAGGUUAUGAUUCUGCUGGUAUCUCCAUUGAUGAUUCCGUUCAUUCUCAGCCACCCCUUGUUUUCCGUCAGGAAGGCAACAUUGAAAACCUUGUUAAAUCUGUCUAUCAAGAGGUGUCUGCCACUGAUUUAAACUUGGAAGAAUCUUUUUCUGUUCAUGCUGGAAUUGCGCACACACGGUGGGCUACCCAUGGAGAGCCAUCUCCAAGGAAUAGUCAUCCUCAGUCAUCUGGUGCUGGAAAUGAUUUCUUAGUUGUUCACAAUGGAGUUAUCACCAAUUAUGAGGUGUUAAAACAAUCUCUCAUUCGACAUGGGUAUACUUUUGAAUCCGAGACUGAUACAGAGGUGAUCCCAAAGCUUGCAAAAUUUGUUUUUGAUAAAGCAUAUGAAGGAGGUGAUCAAACAGUCACAUUUAGUGAGGUCGUGCUGGAGGUUAUGCGGCAUCUCGAAGGAGCCUAUGCACUAAUAUUCAAAAGCAGACAUUAUCCAAAUGAAUUGAUUUCUUGUAAACGUGGUAGUCCGCUGCUUCUUGGUGUGAAAGAAUUUACUGAAGAACAUAAUAAUGGAACAUCCUAUAAUGAUAUGAAGUUUAUUUCAAAAAAUGGUCACCCCAAAGAACUUUUUCUUUCUAGUGAUCCUCAUGCCCUCGUUGAACACACAAAAAAGGUUUUGGUGAUUGAAGAUGGUGAAGUUGUGCACAUUAAGGAUGGAGGAGUGACGAUCCUGAAAUUUGAUCAUGGCAAAGGGAAAGAGGGAAAAUCUCUUUCAAGACCUGCCUCGGUGCAACGGGCAUUGUCAAUUCUUGAGAUGGAGGUUGAGCAAAUAAACAAAGGAAAGUAUGAGCACUAUAUGCAGAAGGAGAUUCAUGAGCAACCAGAAUCCUUAACUACAACAAUGCGUGGCCGACUUAUACGUGGAGGUACCAGCAAAAGAAAGAGUGUGCUGUUGGGUGGACUCAAGGAUCAUCUGAAAACUAUUAGGAGAAGCAGACGGAUUGUUUUUAUAGGAUGUGGCACUAGCUAUAAUGCCGCUUUAGCUGCCAGACCUAUAUUGGAAGAACUUUCUGGUAUACCUGUAAUGAUGGAGAUUGCAAGUGAUUUGUUGGAUAGGAAGGCACCUGUGUACAGAGACGAUACAAUAAUAUUUGUCAGUCAAUCUGGUGAAACUGCCGACACUUUGAAUGCCCUUGAAUAUGCAUUGGAGAAUGGCGCUUUAUGUGUCGGCAUUACCAACACUGUCGGUAGUGCUAUUGCCCGUAAUACACACUGUGGUGUUCAUAUUAAUGCUGGUAGUGAGAUUGGUGUCGCAAGUACCAAGGCAUAUACAAGUCAAAUUGUGGUGAUGGCUAUGGUGGCUCUAGCUAUUGGGGCUGACACAAUUUCUACUAAACAAAGAAGGGAGGGAAUUAUAGAAAGCCUUUUAAACUUGCCAGCCAAAAUAAGGGAAGUUCUGAGGCUAGAUGAAGAGAUGAAAGAUCUCGCUAGAUCGCUGAUUUCAGAGCAGUCACUGCUUAUGUUUGGAAGAGGAUACAACUAUGCAACAGCUCUUGAGGGGGCCUUGAAAGUUAAAGAGGUGGCCCUUAUGCACAGUGAAGGGAUACUUGCUGGUGAAAUGAAACAUGGUCCCUUAGCGUUAGUUGACGAAAAUCUGCCCAUUGUUGUUAUAGCUACCCGUGAUCAAUGUUUCAGCAAACAACAGUCGGUUAUCCAACAACUUAAAGCGAGAAAGGGUCGACUGAUAGUGAUGUGUACGGAAGGAGAUGCAGCAGCAGUAUGUGGUGGAUCUUGCAGAGUAAUUGAGGUUCCUCUAGUUGUCGAUUGCUUACAGCCUGUAGUCAACAUUGUUCCAUUGCAGUUAUUGGCUUAUCAUUUAACUGUUCUACGGGGCUACAAUGUUGAUCAACCAAGGAAUCUAGCAAAGAGUGUGACAACCGAAUGAGAUAAAGACUAUAGAGUUAACCCAGAUGCAAUUUAAGCUAGUUGGUGAUAAUGCAUUUUGAGUUCUACUGAUUUGUGUGAAAUAUUACAAUCCGAGUGUCCCAUAUUCUUGACCCCUGUGUAUUAUCAGAGCAUUAGGUUGUAAGUUCGGUUUAACAUAGACGAAAAUAUUGAUAACUCUAUAUUUACAAUAGCAAUACAGAUUGUUUUAUUAUGUUCA